AUGGAGACUCGUUCAAAAAGUAAACGUAUAGGGCCGCUGCCCGGGGGCGAUCGCCGGGGCACACCUGGAGCUGACGCUGGGUGUCACAGCAUGCGAACCGUCAGCGGUGAGGAGUUGAACAGGCGGGCUCCCACCGACAAAGAUACUACAGCCGACAACAGUGACGAUGGUGACAGACAUACAGACCGUACAGACACUCCAAUAGAACCAUUUAGCCCUAGUACCAUUUCUUACACACCCUCAAGAGCAUCAUCACCAUCGAUACCAUCGUCACCUCCCACACACUCAUCACCACCUCAUACUAGUAUGAGAUAUUAUCCACCACUACCAGCUUUGAAUGUUGCGCGGGGGGCAAGUGCCUUUUUGCCCGCGUCCACCAAGGCUGGAAAACCAAGAGUUCGCAUGAGAUGGAGCAAAGAAGUGAAUACCUUUAUCAUGCGAACCUACUUUCACAUCACCAAAUUAGAGACCGACAUGACCACUUACCGCCAACAGUUGCAUGAACUUUUCACACGACAGUACCCCGAAAUUAGUGUCUCAGAACAACGCAUUUCAGAUCAAAGAAGAACAAUAGUUAGGAAUAAACUUCUAUCCCAAGUAGAAAUAGAUAAACUGAAGGAAGAAGUGCGGGAACAGCUAGAGACUUUAAGUUAUAUUUCUAUGACAGAAACACACACGGCAACACAAAACACAACACAAGUACAAUCACACUCACCUACUCAAUCUCACACGAACACAGAAUCCCAACCGUACACUCACACACCACCAUACUCACAAGGCACACAUACAUCCACACAAACUGAAAACAUUACCAUAACGCUAGAAAACGAUAUCGACACGCUAGAAAAUUUCCAUCAAAAUCAGUUAUCAGACACGUACAUCCAAGAAAUACACGAAAAACUUAAAACUGCUUUAACACAGUACUCGGGGAUGGACCCAGCAGUUCGUCCAAAGCUACCUAAACUUAAAUACACACCAAAACUGACUCACUUAGUACGUAUAUUUAAUACUGUCAUACUACAACAAUACAUAGAUGAAAACAUGACAAUUAUAGACGUACACACACUGAUAUACUGCACAGCGUUAGUCAUAUCCGAAGAACUUAAUUAUAAAAUUACAGAAUACACUGGCAACACAAGACCAAGGACAGUAAAUAAACCACCAUGGCAACAAAGACUCGAAAGAGAUAUCGAAAAAUUACGAGCCGACUGCGGUAGACUAACGCAAUAUAUAAACAACAAUAGAUCUAAUAGAGUAGUUAAAAGAGUCGAAGCUAUUUUCAAGAACAUGACCACACACACUAGACACGAGAACGACAACAGAAAACCUGAGGAGUUCUUAGACACAUUAAAACAGAAGCUCGCACUAAAAGUCCAUAGGCUAAGGAGAUACAAUAAAGCACAAGAGCGCAAACGAGAUAACACCAUGUUUGCUACUAACGAAAAGAACUUCUACAGAAACUUACACAAAUCACAAAUACACACAACAACUGACAUCAACACUAACACACAAUUGCCCACAACAGAACAAUUAGAAUCAUUUUGGGCUGGUAUUUGGGAAGAUCAGGUUCAACAUAACGAUAAAGCUAGGUGGAUUACUGAGGAAACAACCAAAUGGAAUGCACUAGAAGAAAUGGAAUUCACAAACAUUUCGGAAUCAGAUAUUAAUUACACUACAUCUAAAUUACACAACUGGAAAUCGCCUGGUAUUGACAAAAUACACAAUUACUGGUACAAAAAAUUUGACUCACUACACAAAAUUAUCGCAAAAAACUUCACAGAUAUAGUCCUAGGAAAACAAAACAUACCUGAUUUCAUCGCAACCGGAAUAACGUAUAUGUUACCAAAGGCUCAAUACUCACCUCAACCUUCCCAAUACAGACCAAUCACAUGUCUUCCCACAAUAUACAAAAUACUCACCUCCGUACUCACAAAUAAAAUCAACAAACACAUUGAACACCAUCACAUUAUAGCAGAGGAACAGAAAGGGUGUAGAAGAGGCCACAUGGGAUGUAAGGAACAAUUAAUUAUAGACUCAGUAAUACACAAACACGCUACCACCAAAAAUAGAAAUCUGCACUGUACAUACAUAGACUACAAAAAAGCUUUUGAUAGUAUCCCACAUACAUGGUUAAUCCAAAUAUUACACAUUUACAAAAUAAACCCUAAAAUAAUAGACUUCCUCCAUCACAUCAUGGCCCGCUGGAAAACAACAUUACACUUACAUUACAACAACGACACUAUCACAACACGACAAAUAUCUAUUAGAAAAGGUAUUUAUCAGGGCGACUCCCUGAGUCCAUUAUGGUUCUGCCUAGCGCUGAACCCCUUGUCCAACCUACUCAACAACUGUCAAGCCGGAUACCCUCUUAAACACACCACAACAGACGAAAUCACAAUAUCACACCUCAUCUACAUGGAUGACAUUAAACUAUACACAAAAACAGAGAAAGAAAUGAAACAAUUAAUAGACAUCACCACAGAAUUCAGUACAGACAUCAACAUGCAAUUUGGACUGGACAAAUGCAAAACACUUCACAUAAUUAGGGGCAAAGUAAAACCAGGAGACUACACCGUUAACACUUCAGACACAAUUGCAGCUAUGGAACCAACAGAUCUGUACAAAUACCUAGGCUACAAACAACUCAAAGGAUUGGACCAUACCUCUAUUAAAAACACAUUAAUUACAGAGUAUAAACGGAGAGUGACCGCAAUAUGCAAAAAACAACUCUCUGGAAAACAUCUCAUCAAAGCAUUGAACACCUAUGCAAUUCCUAUAUUGACCUACUCGUUUGGAAUUAUAAAAUGGUCCAAAACUGACAUACAACAAAUAGAACGAACAACACGCACCACACUCACCAAACACAAUAAUCUACACCCGAAAUCCGCAAUAGAGCGACUCACCAUCAAACGCCAAAACGGAGGGAGAGGCUUAAUAGACAUCAACUAUCUAUGGCAGAAACAAAUUCAUAGGCUAAAAGCAUUCUUCCACACAAAAUCACACACCAGUAUCAUCCAUAAAUCGGUUACACUAAAUGAUCACAACUACACUCCACUCAACUUACACGAACAAACAGACACACAACACAACAACACUACUGACCCACAAAUACAAAAAAUAGAGGACUGGAAGAAGAAAGUUCUGCACGGGCGACACCCACACGACCUGGAACAACCACACAUAGACACGAUAGCCUCUAAUAAGUGGCUAAAAAUCGGUAACCUGUUCCCAGAAACCGAAGGAUUUAUCAUAGCAAUCCAAGAUCAGAUAAUCAACACUAAAAACUACAGAAAGUACAUAAUAAAAGACCCCACAGCCACCAACGAUAAAUGCCGCAAAUGUCACACACAACCGGAGACCAUACAGCACAUCACAGGGGCAUGCACAACACUCACACAGACAGACUACACUCACAGACACAACCAGGUCGCAAACAUCAUUCACCAAAAGCUAGCACUCAAACACAGACUCAUACAAGACACAAACACACCAUACUACAAAUACACACCACAAACAGUUCUAGAAAACAAUACACAUAAACUUUAUUACGAUCGCGCAAUACUAACAGAUAGAACUGUCCACUAUAAUAGACCAGAUAUAACCCUUCAGGAUAAAAUAAACAAAGUCACCUACCUUAUAGAUAUUGCAGUACCCAACACUCAUAACUUACAAAAAACAAUAGUAGAAAAAAUAAGCAAAUAUGAAGAACUUAAAGAAGAGGUCACAAGAAUUUGGAGACAAGAUAAAGUAUACGUAGUGCCAAUAGUCGUCUCCACCACGGGUGUCAUACCUAAUCACCUCCACCACAGCCUCAAACUAAUAGAACUUAAAGACUCCACCUACAUUUUACUACAAAAAGCCGCAAUCCUCAACACGUGUCGCAUAGUACGAAAGUUCAUGCAAUUGGACGAACAUGGCAUAACACCUCAACACACACAAUAA